AAAGGAUGGGUAGAGAAGAAAGAGACACACCUUAAAGAAUAAUAGUUGAAGGGGGGGGGGUCGAAGUUGUAGACAACAAAUACUUGGCAUUUGGUGUGGUCUCUACAGUGCAAAAGAAUGGUGAUGGAACAGUUAUUUGUGACUGUGCUAAUGAUGUCUGCACACCUAGCAGUCUCAUAUCCUCUGACUACAGAGAGCUAUUACAUGGAUGGAGGGAGACAAUGCAGACUGUGUCCACCAGGUCAUUAUCAGAGUUCCUGUUCAGAGUGCUCUCCCUGUCGAGAUGGUUCCUACACAACACGAUUGAAUGCUGAGUCCAGUUGUCAUUCCUGCUUCAAAGACUGCAAACGUGAUUUGCACCUGGUGGAGGAUGAGCCGUGUACUCCUGUAUCGAACGCUAGAUGUCGCUGUGAGGCUGGUUUUACCUGCACCGACAAAGACGACCAGACAGGAAACUGUAGAGACUGUGAGAAGAUCCCUCAGCUGCCCCCACCUCCCCUGCCACCUAGCAAUGUAGUGGGCAUCAGAAUCAACCAGACAGGAACUUCCUCUGAACACAGCAGGACUUCCUCUUCCGCUGGACGCUGUCAACCUCCUAACUGUGACACUCCACGAUCACCAGUCUCACAAGCAGGUAACGCCACUCAUCACACCACAGCUGACACCAGCAAACACUUGGCAGCCAUUUUGUGUCCUAUGGUGGUCAUUGGAAUCCUAGCCGUUAUCAUUCUGUUAUGUAUCCGUCGCCCAGGAAAUGAAGCCUGUUUCAAACAAGCUCUCAAGUUCUGUAACAAGGGAGUAAGAGAAGCGUCGCCUAACAAGACCAAAGAGACACCUCAUCAGCACAAUGCCAGAGAGACACCUCAUCAGCACAAUGCCAGAGAGACACAGCCCAGUAUUCAGCACCAGACAGUGGAUCCACCACCUAUUACAGCAGCAAAUAUGGGCCCGGUCCAUGUCCACAAUGCUGGAACAGUCAUUUUCAGUUUACUCAACCAGUUCACUGGUAUGGGUGGAGGGAUGGAAGAGAGAGGGCAGAAAGAGAGGGAUGAGGAAGGAUGUCCGACCCACCCCACACCCUCCCCUAACAUCCAUCUAUCCCAGGAGGAAAGGGAUGGGGAGAUGGACUGUGUAUUCUUCCCUUCACAGGAACAAGGGAAGGACAGUCACGUUUCCAAAGAGGAGGUGCAUUGAGGGGAGGGGGAUUGAGGACAGAGGACGCACCAAGUGAAAGCUUCCCUUCUAGGAUCAGUUUAGCCAACCCUACAUCCUAAUGUUAAUCAUAAGGAGGAUGAAGACUGGUCUGACCCUGGAUCAGUGGUAAGGGACAACAUCUACCUGGGGCUCUAUUCAGUCUGUAUCACUGAAGCGUUACAGAUUGGUUGAUAGAAAUGUAAAGGUCAUUUUUGAUUGAGCCGACAUGCAGUGUUUUAACGUGAAUACAGUCUCCACUGACGCGAGAACAUUGCCUUUACAUUUCUAUCAGGCUGUAAAGCUGAACUUCUGAGAUACAUGGAGCCCUUACUCUCAGAAGAACACCGGUGAAUCCCAAAACUCUAGAAUGGCCAUUAUUUCCUGUCCCAGAACUCUAGAAUGGCCAUUAUUUCCUGUUCUAGACUUAGAUAGAGCUAGACAUCUCACUAUGGUGGUCAUGUACACAUCCACUUGCUCUCAUUUUAUUGAACUGUAUAAAAAGCUUUGUCUCAACUGCUGAAAACUGUUUUUUCUGUGUUCAUGUGGCACCUUGAUCUGUUUUUGCACAAAUUAAAACCAAAAUAUGAAAUAUAAUUUUUCAAUGAA